UUCGUUAGCAGAAUCGAAGUCUGGUGACUGUUGGACGUUCUGUGAGAGGAUGACCAGCUUCCUUCCUCUUUCCUUGGUUCAUCUCCGGAACCCUGAUGGACUCAGGCCCAGUCCUGCGUGGACUUUGAAGACUAAAAUGCUUCAGAAUGUGCAUCCCAGUUGCCUGCAGCUGCUUCACCCACGGACAGUUUUAGCGUUGUUGCUGCUGCUGGCCUCUGCAGACCGGGGAGCUGGUCUCCCCAAGGCCGUGCUGAGCCUCCAGCCCCCCUGGCUCCAGGUGUUCCCUGAGGACAACGUGACUCUGAGCUGCCAGGGGGCCCGCAGCCCAGGGGACAACUCCACCCGGUGGUUCCACAACGGGACCGCCAUCCCCGCCCAGGCCCAGCCCCGCUACAGCUUCAAGGCCAGCAGCAGCCACCGCGGGGCCUACCGGUGCCAGACGGGCCAGACCAGCCUCAGCGACCCCGUGCACCUGGACGUGACUUCCGCCUGGCUGCUGCUCCAGACGCCCCGCCUGCUGGUCCCGCAGGGGGAGCCCAUCGUGCUGCGGUGCCACAGCUGGAAGAACUGGCGCCUGUACAAGAUCACGUUCUUCCAGGACGGGAAGCCCAAGUGGUUUGCCCACACGAACUCCAGCUUCUCCAUCCCACACGCAGACGCCAGCCACAGUGGCGCGUACCACUGCUCGGGGUUCCUGGGGCAGACGCUGCACUCAUCGCAGCCCGUGAGCAUCACCGUCCCAGCCACGUCACCCGUCCUCCCUCUGUGGCCCCACUUCGCGUUCUGCCUGGUGAUGGGGCUCCUGUUUGCAGUGGACACGGGGCUCUACUUCUUUGUGCAGAAAGAGCUUCGGAGCUCAGCGAGGGACAGGAGGAAUGACCAAGUCACAUGGACCAAGAGCCCUGCGGACAAGUGACCCCUCAUCUCACCUGCAGGAGCUGCAGUCUCUGCAGGCCAGACCUCUGCCUCCCGCCCUCCUGCUGGGCGAGCCGCAGCUGCGCUGGGCCUGGGGCUCGCCCUCACGGAC